AUGCGUCACUGGUUGUUAGAGGCAUCGGGCGACCGGUCGGGGCGAAAGUCGAGUGCUGCCGUACUGUGUGGCCGCGGAACCACGGCACAGUCUCAUCUAAGCUACAGCUAUGCGCACAUCUUCCCUAACAUAGCCGAAAUUUUCCUCGACACGUUCCCAUUUUUGAUUUUUGUGCGGUGUGCCAAACAUUCUGUUGAUGUGAAGUGUAUUUUUAUUUUGUGCUCAUUUUGUUUUUGGAUUUUUUGCUGCGGAACUUUUUGGUGCAAAAUGGGAUUGACAGACGCAUAA